GCGUCGGUCUGUCAGUGGUGUAAUGAUGGCGUCCUCAGCGGCUCGCUGUUCCACACGCUGGAUGACAAUCGCCGUGUCCGCUGGACACAGGCGUGCAGGGUGUGCCUUCGCCUCCACUCUCCAUGGGGGUGUCCGUAGUCUUUCCACUAUCGGAACUCCGAAAAUCUGGCCGGCAGGCAGAUCAUCACGUGGAGGGAUGGGAAACGUCAUGACAUUGAGCGGACUGCCAGUUUCGAGUAUCAGGUCCCCUCAUGUCAUCUGCACGCUGUCCUUCCACACAAGCACCCCUGCUGCAAACAAGCAGGACUUCUACCAGAUUCUGGGUGUUCCACGCGCAGCCACCCAGAAGGAGAUUAAGAAAGCGUACUACCAGAUGGCCAAGAAGUACCACCCAGACACCAACAAGGACGACCCUCAGGCCAAAGAGAAGUUCGCUCAGCUAGCUGAGGCUUACGAGGUGCUGAGUGACGAGGUGAAGAGGAAACAGUACGACACGUACGGGACGGCGGGCUUCGACGCGGGGGCGGGGCAGCGAGGGGCGGGGCAGCAGCAGUACUGGAGCGGCCAAGCCACACACGUGGACCCGGAGGAACUGUUCCGCAAGAUCUUCGGGGAGUUCUCCGGAGCUCGUGGCUUUGGAGACUUUAACGCUGUGUUCGACCAGCCACAAGAGUACAUCAUGGAGCUGACCUUCACCCAGGCUGCCAAGGGCGUCAACAAGGAGAUAACCGUCAACAUGGACGCCAGCUGCCAGCGCUGCGAUGGCAAAGGCCAUGAACCUGGUACCAAGGUCCAGCACUGCCACCACUGCAACGGCUCCGGCAUGGAGACGGUGAACACGGGGCCGUUCGUGAUGCGCUCCACCUGCCGGCGCUGCGGGGGGAAGGGCUCCGUCAUCUCCACCCCCUGCGGAGGCUGCCGGGGCACGGGGCAGACCAAGCAGAGGAGGACCGUCAUGGUGCCCGUGCCUGCUGGGGUUGAGGAGGGCCAGACAGUCAGGAUGCCAGUGGGAAACAAGGAAAUCUUCAUCACGUUCAGGGUCCAGAGGAGCCCGGUGUUCCGGAGGGAUGGGGCGGACGUCCACUCUGACGUCCUCAUCUCUGUGGCUCAGGCCAUACUGGGGGGCACGGCCCGCGCUCAGGGCCUGUACGAGGCUCUCAACCUCACUAUCCCAGCUGGGGUCCAGACUGACCACAGGAUCCUCCUCACAGGAAAGGGGAUCGCCCGGAUCAGCGGCUACGGCUUCGGAGAUCACUAUGUCCACGUCAAGAUCCGAGUCCCAAAACUGCUGACAGACAGACAGAGAGCUCUGCUCAUGAGCUACGCUGAGGACGAGACCGACGUGGAGGGGACCGUCAACGGUGUCACCAACACCACUACAGGUAAACGAUCCACGGGGAGCUAGGAGGUUCUGCUGGGGGGCUGGGGAGCGUCGGAUGGGGCCAGGUGUGUGGGCGUCAGCAGGGAGCGCUGGAGGGGGGCUGGGGAGCGGAGACGUGUUGGACGAGGACUGGACUGAGCGUGCCCUGGACAGUGACUCGCCGUUAUCCUCCUGCCUCACAGAGAAAACAUCCAAAACAGGAAGUGAUGCAACACAUUUCUGACCCUCACGCCUGUGAUUGGCCUUAACACCGGAUUUGAUCAGAAAAGGUGUGUUUGCAUCCUUCCUUCAUAAAGGAGGACUGUUUUCAGCAAAAACAAGAUUUCGGAAUCCCAGACCACGGAAAGAAAAUAAGUAAUUUCCCCAGAUGCACUCUGAUGUUUUUGUCUGGUCAUUGUACGUUUUGGACAAUUUCUGUGUUUUAUAGAAACCAUGGAAACCACAAUCUUGUAUCUGCCACUCUCUAUAUUCACUUGAUCACCAGGGUGAAACUGUGAUGAGUCAAGUUGUUUUGAUGAUGCAUGAGCUGUCACUAAGGAGGGUUGAAACAAGUUCAGAUGCCCUGAACGAACAGGAAGUAGACAGCAGGAUAUAUCCUGCUCUCCAGACGCAGAGCAGAAGACACGCCCACACUUUAACUAUGUUUGUCCUUGUUCAUCAUACAUGUACAUAGAUAGCUGUUCAUAAUGGAAUUGUGGAAACCAACGUGUCAGAAACUAGAGAUAUAAUAUACAUCUAUAAAUAAUAAAACUCCAGUCUG